AUGUCCGAAACAUCAGAACCUCCAUAUGCUAGAUGGCGGCCUCCUCGCCCACUCUUUACGGAACGUUGCGACGCAGUGAAGAAAUCCCCGUUCCUGGAUUUCCGACCAAUUACCGAUAAACCCGAUCUUCAGUGGGAGAACUUCCGACAACCAUUGCUGAAGAAGAGCCCCCUGUUAACUGAAAUCGAGUAUCAAUGCCAGCUUGGUUUUGGUGUUGAUGGUAUUGUGUGGAAGGUCGAGAUUGAAGGAAAGGCUUACGCCUUGAAAGUGUUCUGGGACAACACGCCUCCCAGCGGCACGCGAUACUGGGCUGUUCAGAGAGAAUGUCAGAACGCCGCGCUGCUUGAAAUGAUCCGAAACGCUAUCAAUACCUCCGAUCAACCUGUUUGCCUCCAUCCCAAACCCCAGACGCACGCAGACGCAGUCGCAAAUCUGCGCGUUUUCUCCAUUGAAGGCCGCCAAAGGUUCCGAAACACUCCUGGUGCAAUUGAGUACAGCUCAGCACCGCGAUUUCGACAGUGUAUGGGCUGGGCUUCAAUCCGAGGCUCGCAUCUCCUUGCUCUGGACAACAACAUCCGUCCUUGUCGACCGGUAUUCAACGGCAUCCAGCGUGAAAUACGACGUGAAGAACAUUACUACGCGAUAAUCUAUGAAUUCAUUCCCGUUCAGUCCGCGACACUACUCACUGGUGACACCCAGCAAUCUCAGUUGGAUCUUCUCUGGCUGGCUGGCUUUUGCCUGGUGCCUCUCAGGCCACCCAGGAGCCGUGAGCCCCUAUGA